UGUGUAACCGCGCAUCUGACUUUGCAAAUGGUAGCCAGGCCUAGCCAGGCCUGAACAACCAUGGAGCCAGGCCUUGUCUCUAUUCCAACAUGGCGGAAAGGUUGAGUUUGCAGCUUGCCUUUGCUCUAAUUGCGUUAAUAGCUGCUGUCUUCUAUAGCGGGAAAGCACAGUUUGUUUUUAACAAGAUCAAUCAGAUUAUCCAUGGAAAAAGAGGCUGCUCUCCGAUCGUUAGCAUAGGUCACGUUACACUUCAUUAUUUUGGAUUCAGAGGACGGGCCGAAGGCAUACGACUGAUGAUGGAAGACUUUGAAAUUCCAUACGCAGAAACAAACUUUUCGAAAGCCGAAUGGCCUGCUGUUAAGGAAAAAGGAAUAGAGACAGGACUGUUCACGUUUGGCCAAGUUCCUGCCAUUAGUACAACAACUGGAUUACAGCUAGUACAGAGUAAAGUAAUUAUGCAUCAUAUUGGUCGCUCAGUGGGUCUAGAUUGUGAUUGUUCUGAUAUUCAUAUCUGUGAAACAUUGGUUUUUGGUGCAGAGGACCUAAGAGCAAAGCUUAGCCCAGUUCUCUACAGUCCAAACUUCUCAUCAAAGCUAAGGAACGACCACAUCGAAUCAGUUGUGUACACAUGGCUUUCCUUUUUUGAAAAGCUUGCCCCUGUCGAAGACAACAGCACAAAUGUCAAUGGCUUAUUCUUUGCCAGUGAGCGUCUCACCUGGGUUGACUACGUCAUGUUUGAUCUCUUAGACACUCAUGUUGAGUUUAGCAGACUAAGCUUUGGUGAUGAUGCCCCGACAGUAGAUGUGUUGGCAAAUUACCCAAAGCUGAAAGCAUUUUACGAGACCUUUUCCAGCAGACCCAAGAUUGCUAGAUAUCUUAAAGCAGAGAGAAGAGUCCCUUUUCGGCUCGGUUAAUUGGAUUGUCAUCAGGCUUUUGGCCAGAUGGGUGUCUAAUCAUCCAGCGGAGACAUCCACUUUUUAAAGAAAAUAGAGGAUAUUACAUGGUCACGUAGAGAUGCAAAAUUUCUCUUUGAGUGUUGAAAAAUAAUUCACUCGUUCACUGCGCUCACUUGAGAAAUAUUUUUCAGUACUCGUAGAGAAAUUUCAUAUCUCCAAGCAGCCAUGUAAUGUUCUAUUUAUUAUAUAAACACCAGCGAAAUACCAACUAUUGUAAUGGUGAUCUUUUAAUUUGUGAAGAUACAUGUAGCAUGUUACUUUCACUUGUGAAGAUAUCUCCUAGUAAGCUCACCUGGUAUUUCAUUGGUGUUAAUAUAAUAAAUUGUUCUAUUUUUCACAUGUUGCUUCAUAAAUAAUUUUUCUUUUGAGCAGACCCUAAUGCACAGUUUUCAAAAUUAUCCUGGCUAAAAGUCUGGUUGUCAUGCAGCCCUCCUUCUUUGAGAAAACUAUUCCAUGACAACUCCAGUAACACAUAAAUUAACAUUUUUCCAGCACGCUUCCACAAUUAUUUAUUGAAAUGAAAUAAAGUAAAUCAUUGAAUUAUAGGUGCACAUACUGUACAAGUCUUGUAACAAGGCAUUUUUAUAGAGGAUGGGUUUAGUGCAAAAUACAUACAACUGAAAUAUAUACAUGUAUGCAAUGCAAGGUUUUGACAUAAACAAAAAGAUGUGUAAAGUGUUGAUAAAGUAAUGCAGUAACAGUAGAUUUCUAUUGUCUGUCUCAAAUAGUGUGCUUCUUCUGCCCAACAUCUGGUGACCAUGUCGUUACAUGUAGAAUGACGUGUUAGGAAUUAUCAAACUUAACGCACUUUCAAGGAUAUAGUUAUAGAAAGCCAGUAGUAGAUAUUUGCAUGUAGUGGCUUUUGAAUUUCCAGUUUACUGUUGAUGACAGUAACAUAGCCUGAAAUGUGACAAAUGCAAGUCAACUCCUUCCUUAUAUAUUAGGUUGUGGGUGGGAGAGGACUGACAGAAUUUUCAUGCGAACAGUAACACAUUGCUCUUUCUGUGCAAUAAUUAAAGUUUAAUUUAUCGAAAACAAAAA